GUCCUGCCUCCCCCGGCUGUUCUGGGUUAGAGCAGGGACAUUGGAAGGAGCAAGGAGCGGCCGCUGGAGAGAGUUUGUGUUGGGGGAGCAGGCCUGAGUCCGAGCAGAACAUCCUCAUGCAUCAGUGCCCUCGGAAGGACCCCCCUACCCCACCCCUGAUCUGUUGCCCUGAGCUUCCGCCCCCAGGCUCUGGCUCUUGGACACAAGAUGGCCAUUCUUAAAGACUGAGCUCAGGAUCUGUAAAAAGAAACUUUGGAAAUAGCUGGAUGAACUUGAUCACGAUGAAUAGAUAACAGUGCCCCAACUGACCAUGGCUCCCUGGAAGAGGAGUCGUCAUGGCCUGGGCUUUCUCUGCUGCUUUGGGGGCAAUGACAUCCCUGAGAUCAACCUCCGGGACAACCACCCGCUGCAGUUCCUGGAGUUCUCCAGCCCCAUCCCCCCUGCAGAGGAACUCAAUGCCCGCUUUGCAGAGCUUGUGGAUGAGUUGGAUCUCACGGACAAAAACAGGGAGGCCAUGUUUGCACUGCCGCUGGAGAAGAAAUGGCAGAUCUACUGCAGCAAGAAGAAGGAACAGGAGGAUCCCAACAAAUUGGCGACCAGCUGGCCAGAUUAUUACAUUGACCGGAUCAACUCCAUGGCUGCUAUGCAGACUCUGUAUGCCUUUGAUGAAGAGGAAACAGAGAUGAGAAACAAAGUGGUUGAAGACCUGAAGACAGCUCUUCGCACUCAACCCAUGAGAUUUGUGACUCGAUUCAUUGAGUUGGAUGGGUUGACCUGUCUCUUGAACUUCCUUCGGAGUAUGGACCAUGCCACCUGUGAGAGUAGAAUCCAUACAUCCCUCAUUGGCUGCAUCAAGGCAUUGAUGAACAAUUCCCAGGGCCGUGCCCAUGUGUUGGCACAACCUGAAGGCAUUAGCACCAUUGCCCAAAGCUUGCGCACUGAGAACAGCAAAACCAAGGUGGCCGUGCUUGAGAUCCUGGGUGCUGUCUGCCUGGUGCCUGGUGGCCAUAAGAAGGUGCUUCAAGCCAUGUUGCACUACCAGGUGUAUGCCGCCGAGAGGACCCGCUUCCAGACUUUGUUGAAUGAGCUGGACCGAAGCAUGGGGCGCUACCGGGAUGAGGUGAAUCUGAAGACAGCCAUCAUGUCCUUCAUUAAUGCUGUCCUCAAUGCUGGUGCUGGAGAGGAUAAUCUGGAGUUUCGGUUACAUCUGCGAUAUGAAUUCCUAAUGUUGGGAAUACAGCCUGUGAUUGACAAACUUCGGAGGCAUGAGAACGCCAUAUUGGACAGGCAUUUAGACUUUUUUGAGAUGGUCCGGAAUGAGGAUGACUUGGAAUUAGCCAGAAGAUUUGACAUGGUACACAUUGAUACCAAGAGUGCAUCACAGAUGUUUGACCUGAUCCAUAGGAAACUGAAACACACAGAAGCAUAUCCUUACCUGCUCUCCAUGCUUCAGCACUGUUUACAGCUGCCUUAUAAGCGGAAUGGUGGGAGCAUCCAUCAUUGGCAGCUCCUUGAUCGGAUCCUCCAGCAGAUCGUCCUACAGGAUGAGAGGGGCGUGGACCCUGAUUUGGUACCCCUGGAGAACUUCAACGUCAAAAAUAUCAUCAAGAUGCUAGUCAAUGAAAAUGAAGUAAAUCAAUGGCGAGAUCAGGCUGAGAAAUUCCGAAAAGAGCACACGGAGCUGGUGAGCCGGCUAGAGCGGAAGGAGCGAGAAUGUGAAACAAAGACCAUAGAGAAGGAUGAGAUGAUGAAGACUCUGAACAAGAUGAAGGACAAGCUGGCCCGAGAGUCCCAGGAGCUGCGUCAAGCUCGAGGACAGUUGGCAGAGUUGGUAGCUCAGCUUAGUGAGUUCUCGCCUACUGGUACCUUGUCUUCCCCUCCUCCUCCAGGAGGUCCCUUCCCCAUCCCCUCCUCCAAGAACUCCAUUGACUUGCCUCCACCCCCACCUCCCCUGCCUUUCUCCUGCAGCCCUCCACCCCCACCCCCACCUCUUCCACCUGGUGGACCUCCCCCUCCUCCAGGGGCACCCCCUUGCUUUAGCAUGGGGAUGCCCCCUCCUCUAGCCUCUCUCCCUAGCAGCUGCCCUCCCCUCAGGAAGAAGUGUGUCCCGCAGCCUUCCCAUCCUCUGAAAUCUUUCAACUGGAUCAAGUUGAAUGAGGAACGAAUCUCUGAUACCGUGUGGAAUGAGAUUGAUGAUCUUCAAGUAUUUCAGGUCUUGGACUUGGAAGACUUAGAAAAAAUGUUCUCAGCCUAUCAGAGGCAUCAGGACCUGCUAACUAAUCCUCCCUUUAAGCAGAAAGAGAUGGGCUCCACUGAAGACCUCUACCUGACCACAAGAAAAGUCAAAGAACUCUCAGUCAUUGAUGGCCGAAGAGCCCAGAACUGUAUCAUCCUCCUUUCCAAGUUGAAGCUUUCCAAUGAGGAGAUCCGGCGAGCCGUGCUCAAAAUGGAUGAGGAAGAGGACCUGGCCAAAGACAUGCUGGAGCAGCUUCUCAAGUUCAUCCCUGAGAAGAGUGACAUCGAUCUACUGGAAGAGCACAAGCAUGAGAUAGACCGAAUGGCCCGGGCUGACCGUUUCCUCUAUGAGAUGAGCAGAAUUGAUCACUACCAGCAACGUCUACAGGCUCUCUUCUUUAAGAAAAAGUUUCAAGAGAGGCUGGCGGAGACCAAGCCUAAAGUGGAAGCCCUCCUGCUGGCCUCCAGGGAACUGACACGCAGCCACCGACUAAAGCGCCUCUUGGAAGUCGUCCUUGCCAUCGGCAACUACAUGAACAAGGGACAACGAGGGGGAGCUUACGGCUUCCGAGUGUCCAGCCUCAACAAGAUUGCUGACACCAAGUCCAGUAUUGACAGGAACAUCUCAUUGCUCCAUUAUCUGAUCAUGAUUUUGGAGAAGAAUUUCCCUGACAUCCUCAACAUGCCUACCGAGCUUCAGCACCUCCCUGAAGCUGCCAAAGUCAAUCUAUCAGAGCUGGAGAAGGAGGUAAACAACAUCAGAAAAGGGCUGAGAGCUGUGGAGGCGGAGCUAGAAUAUCAGAAGCACCAGAAAAGGGAGUCCGGUGAUAAGUUCGUUCCAAUCAUGAGCGACUUCAUCACCGUUGCCAGCUUCAGUUUCUCAGAGCUGGAGGAUCAACUUAAUGAAGCCAGGGACAAGUUUUCCAGGGCACUGAAGCACUUUGGAGAACCUGAGGGCAAGAUGCAGCCAGAUGAAUUUUUUGGCAUCUUUGACACCUUCCUUCAGGCCUUCUCUGAGGCCCGGCAGGACCUGGAGAGCAUGAGGAAAAAGAAGGAAGAGGAAGAGAGACGGGCACGGAUGGAAGCCAUGCUGAAGGAACAGCGGGAGCGGGAGCGUCGACAGCGGAAGGCGGCUGUGGGAGUCAGCAACUUGGAGGAAGGUGGAGAGUUCGAUGACCUGGUGUCUGCUCUGCGCUCAGGUGAAGUCUUUGACAAGGACUUGUCCAAGCUCAAACGAAGCCGCAAGCGGUCAGGGCCCCAAACACUCGAAAUAAGCCGGGAGCGGGCGGUGAACAAGCUAAAUUAUUGACUUGGAGACUUUGGCGGCAGAAAGAGGAUGGCUACCGCUCGAAGAAGCUGAGGGAGGACUAAAGGGGUGCAGUCGGGGUUGCCUAAUGGGGUGCUUAAGCUGGAUUUGGGGCAGUAGUGUGUGGCUGGCCCAAAUAUAUCCCCUUUCCUUCUCUAACUACCCUUCUUGUGCCCUGCUCCGCCCCAUUCCGCUGUGACUGACUCCUUCCCUGAAGGCAUCGCCGGGUGAUCUCUGUUGUUACUUGGCCAGAGGUACAGGAUGCCUAGAAGUUGUGUUGAGGGCCCAUGGCUCCACCUGGAUACCUGCAUGUUGCCAUAGAAUGGUUCUAGCAUCUCACAGAUCAGCUCUGAGCCCCCACUAAUGGCAAACCAAGAUAUUGUUGAGAUUUCACUGAUGGGGAAAGGGUAGUGGGAGGGGGCCAUUUUCUUUGUAUAGCUUCUGAGAGCUAAAGCACACAGUCCCCUCAUCCUUGGUACUGACACCCCUUUCUCUUGAAUAGAGGCCUGGAGCAUCUACGUUAGGGAUAGGUCUGGCGGCAACCCUGAAGACAAAAAUGUUCUGCUUAGAUGAAAGGGAAAAAGAAAAAAAAAAGAUUUUCUGGAAGCUGCCAAAACACAAACACACUUUGUUAAUCUUCCACCCUGAGUGCAUUAGGAUUUCAGAUGUGCUUGUCUAAGAAGUGAGUAGAAUGGAAAGAUGGAUGGAGGGAAGGAUAUGAAUAUGGCCAAUGCAAAAAAAAAAGGGGGUCCGAGGAACAGGAUGACAGUGUAGAUCAGUCAUGAGCUAGAGAACUGAGUUAUUUUCCUCAGUACAAUUUUGGUAUAGUCGAAAGACUCAGUACUGAUAGAAAUUGGCUGGGCCCCUGCCUUACCUUCAGUGAAACAUUUAUAUUGUAGCCAAAGUCAGGGACUUGGGCUUAUGUAUGAAGACUGUAUUCCCUACCCCCAGAAAGGAAUCUGGUGUGACACAGUUCCUUCUUCCUCUUCUUGGAGGGGAAUGAUUUGGGAUCAGCUGCCCAGGCCCCUUCCAAACUUUACUCCCUACCUCUGGAACACAAACCCUGACACCCUGUCCUCUCCUGCUCCAAUCUACACCUCACCUUUACCCUACCCCACCCCCAUUCAAAUGUACAUACCCACUGACCAUAGUCCUGGAGACAUGGAAUAUGUGCAUUCUCUGUCAGAAGCCCAGAGAACACCAGCACUCCAGCCACUGGUUUGAUUUUUCCUACUCUUUUAAAGAAACUUAUUUGCUUACAGCCUCAUUUCUUUCAGACUAUGCCUAACUUCCAGUGCAGUCUGUCUCAUGAAAGUGGAAGCAGCCAGCCCCUUCUCUUCCCUGGUCAUCCAAAGCCCUAGCCAUCUUAGAGAAGGCCUGGGGGUAUGUGGGACCAGUGGAGAGCCACUUAGAAGAAAGUCAUCUCUUCCCUCAGCUGAAGAGUGAACCAUCAAUAGGGAUGGAUAAGUCAUUUGUCCACAGCUUUUUAGAGGAGGUCACCUAUUUUAAAGCCGUACCCUGCAAAUCAGGCCUAAUAUAGCCAGUCUAUGUUUACAUAUCUACAAUGAGGGAUUUACCAUUUAAGACAAGUGGGGCCAAGUUCAGAUCUAAAAUGAAGGUUGUGGAUUCAAAGAACUGUGAGUGAUGGAGUGUGAUUCCCUUCAAUAAAUGGUCAAUGAAGGGUAGAGCUUGGAGCCAAGAGGUGGGUAUGGCCUCUAGCCACUUCCCUCCCAACUCAUAAAUCUGUUUCCCACUCCCCAGCUGCCAAAAUAGGUAGCCCUGCUUGGAGAAGAUGGGUAGACAGGGGUACAGGUUAAUAAGACCUGCUGAUAACCCCCUUCUUGCUCUAGAGAUUCUUCUCCAUCCCCCUCCACCACCAUCUUAACUCUCAUCUUACACUGUCCACUGGUUAGCUCACUGACACCCUGCCCUCUAAUUCCUGAUCCCCAGAGUCAGGAAGACCAGAGGUAUCAUGGUGGAGGCAGGAAAUGUUCAUUUGCAGUAGACUUUCCCCCUUCAUUUAUCAUGACUUUUCAGCUUCUAAGUGCCUUCCACUUGGAGUCACAACCAGAUUUCCCUCUUGUUACUUCAUGUAACUUUAACAUUUGUUUGCUGUGACCAAAUCCCUAUUUUCAGUGUGGCCUGAUGAGCAGGCCCACUCUAGCUGCCAAUCUUCUGACUUUUGGGAGGGAGAGAGGGGCAGUGAGCAUCCUGGGUGAUCUGGGUGGUUGAGGGCAAGGCAACAGGGCCUUGCCUGAGAGACAGGACAGGAGACCCUGGAGGGGAGGCCAUACUGCCCUCUGAGAAGCAUGUGCUCAGCAUGUGUUUAGUGUGAGUUGGGCUGGAAGAAGGGAUAAAGGAAUAGGGUGGGGGUAUUUCCACCCAGGUGUAGGAUGGACAGGGUCAAAGAUAAGAAAAAGGAGGGAGCUGAGUUGUCUGGACUGGGGGUGUUGGGGAGGGAUUUGAUUAUAGUCGUGGUCUUCUGGAGUUCUGAUUAAAAAAGCUAUCCCUCUCUCACAUACACUCCCUAACCCAAAGGAGGCACUGGGAAGGACUCCAACCACACUUGUUCAAGGAAUGAAUGGGAUGGAAGGCGGGAUGUUGGGAAAGGUGUUAAUGUGACCAAUUUGAUAGGACUUUCCUCUGUCCUGGUAUACCCCCAAGAUGCAAACCACUUCAGCUUCUUGCCCCCUCCUCCUCCCAAGCCAUAAAGCAAACAGUGCUAGCCCCCUGACCCUAUGACACAGCCCCACUCUGUAAAGGGUGGCACACAGUAGGGUAGCCUAGCCAUAGCAUGUGUUUCUUCCUCCUGGCAUCCUCCUUGUAUUGCCACAGGAAAGUCCCAGAUACUGACAUCUGGAGAUACCUGGUGGAUACCGUGCCUUUCUGUCCAGGAGCAUAUGGCACACGCAAUUUUGUUUAGUUUGUUUCUAAUUUAGAUGAAGCCCAUCAGCCCCAGGAGCCUGAUUUCUAUUUAUUGUUCCCUAGCUCCUACUGGCCCAGAGGGCCGAUGGGGGCAGUGGAGGCUGCUUGGCAAGAUUAGCCUCCCCACCAUCCCCCCCAACAGACUGACUGAAGAGGCUGGCCCAGCAAGAAUUGGGGGGCAGGGGGAGUCACUGACUGAUGCCCCAUAGAGGCUGGGUCAAACUGGUACCUGGUGUACUGCCUUGUUUUAAUCUCUCACAAACCAUUAAGUUUUGCUCUUUGCCCUUUUCCCCCUGGUCUGCCUUUUCUAGGGGGUAAAUUUUCCCCACUGUCUAAUUUUACAUCAGAUGCAGAAUUCAUGUUUGAUGUAAUGUAGCCCCACCCUCUCCCCUUCCCCCCCCAGCACCCCUGAACCUCCCCAUCCCCAACACAGAACCCAGACCCUGACCCACCCUUGGCUUCCACCUCUAGAUCUCACACGAGAGGAAGCUUGCUGGAGGAGGAAUCUAAGGCAGGGGUGGGAGGGGGGGAAAAUGUAUCUCCUCCCCCUUGUCAGUCUCUCCCAAACCCCGGAGCUGGGGCUGUCCCCUUCCAUCAGUCACAACUCAGUGGCAUCGUCACAUUCACCAGCUAUCUCAGACAAUGAGUCUAAUGUACAAAAUCUGUAGUGUCCUUUUUAUUCGCACCUUUUUUAUAAGAAUAUACUGUAAUACUAAAAAUAUUAAAUCCGUACAGCCCCUUUA